AUAAACCUUGUCUGUUAUUAACAGCCCACACACACUUUUUCAUUUGAAAUCUCUGUUCUUCCACUUCACGAGGUUGCACGCCAACCACCUCUUUAUCACUUACUCCUUCUCUGUGUAUUAUAUAGUCACUUGUUUCUGCUGUUGCAUGACUUGAAAAACCAUGGCAACUGCAGCAUCAAGAAGACCUAGGUGGCGCCACCACGCUCCUCCUCCUCCCACCCCCAGGAUCCUUCACUUCCCUCGCCGGAGACCCUCUUCCCGGAGGGACCUUAAAUCCAAUACUACUAACAGGUUGUGGGCUCUCAUUGAUCGAGAAAGACGUGCACGUGUUCCAAUAGUGGUGUUGGACAACAACAACAACAGUUCCGAGGGUGAGAGGCGGAGGGAGAGAGUUGAGAGCAGAAGUCAGAGUCCAAAAGGGUGGGCUUUGGAGGAAGAAAAGUGGAAGUUUCAAGCGGAAAUGUUGAGAGCAGAAUGUAACCUGUUGAGGAUGGAGAAGGAGAUUGCGGUUAAGAAGUUAGAGAGGACUCGUGUUCAGAUGGAGACUACUCUAAGAUCUGCACUUCACACACUUGUUUCUGGAAGAAUCAAGAUUUGUGAAGGGAAGAAUGUUGAUAUGGUUUUGGAUGAGGAGAUUCAUGAGUUGACACUGAAACUUCAGAGAUUGCACAGGAGGUCGAAAGUCAAGGAUUUAGGGGCCAGGAAGAACAGAAAUUUUGACAAGCAGGUUUCUGUUCUGCAGAGGCGACUGGAGCAGAUUGGAGGGUCAUCAGAUGAGAUUUAUUUGAGGGAGUUUCAAGAGAUGGAAAACAUAAGCUUGUCAAUUAAAAGAAGUAGCAUAGUUGAUGACAACGUUGUUGCAAGUGGAAAACUAAAUGUGGAGAUUUUGAGGAGGAAAAUGGAGGGAUUGUCAAAGGGCAUAUUAUUACAGAGAAUGGAGGAAGAGUAUAAUUCACUGCUGUCCACUGCUAGUAGUUCUCUUGCUAGUUCUGGUUCAAAUUCCAAAAGACUUGAAUAUCAAGAUUCAUCUUCGGUACGAGUACCUCAUCAGGAAAAAUUGUUUUGUGAAGGGAAUCCAUGUUCUGGACAUUGCAAGACUGUUGUACGAAGAAUUGUAGAGCAAGUUAGAACAGAAACUGAGCAAUGGUCACAAAUGCAGGAGAUGCUAGGUAAGGUGAGGGAAGAGAUGGAGGAAUUGCAGGCUUCUCGAGAUUUUUGGGAAGAUCGGGCACGGCACUCUGAUUUUCAAAUCCAAUCCCUACACAAUGCUGUGCAAGAAUGGAAAGAAAAAGCUCUUUCAUCUGAAAGUAAAACAAAUGAGCUUGAAGCAGAACUCUCCGUACUCCGUGGUGAUCUGAGGAAGGAACAGACGGCAGCUAAGGGGAUCAAAUGUUCACCCACUCCCGUGGACACACAGAAUGAGUUGGAGAAGCGAAUAGUGGUUUGUAGUUCAAAGGAAAAAAAUAAAGUUACAGAAAAUAGCAAGCAUAAUGAUGUUUCAAGAAAAGCACAUGGUGGUAGAGGUGGUGAUGGAUUGUUAGUCCCAAAACGAUCACCACUCCGAGACAUUGGGAACUCAUCAUUGUUGAUUACGCAGAAUCUAUCCUCAUUUGUUAUAAAUCAUAAAUCACUAUAACAUUUUAUUUUAACUUCCAACAAUAAUUCCAUCUUUGCGUUGCCAUCUUUAA